AUGGGUAUCCCCUCCUCCACCCUCGCCCUCUCCCUCGCCCUCGCCCUCGCCCUCACCCUCGCCCUGGUCGCACCUGCAUCCGGCACCAGCAGGAGUGGUGCCGACACGCCGUCGCGCCUGGCGGUGGUGGCGGCAGCCGACGAGGUGGCGACGGCACCAUACGCCGAGUGGGCACACCAUCAUUGGGUCUGGCUCUCGUCGUCGCAGGCAAACGGAUCGGCGGUUCGGGCCUUUGUGGACGGCUUUCUGGAGAGGGACAUCCCCGUCGGGGCGGUGGACCUCGACUCGCGGUGGUCGUCGGGCAUCAACAACUUUGCCUUUGACACCGGGCGAUAUCCCAACGCUUCGGGCCUCAUCGACGAGCUGCACGCCAAGAACAUCAAGGUCAUCUGCUGGGUCACCUCGGUCAUCGAUGUCGACUCGUCAAACUACGCCGAGGGCAAGGCUGGCGGCUACUAUCUCAACGACGGCAAGACGCUCAAGUGGUGGCACGGCGAGGGCGCAUGGCUCGACUACACCAACCCGGCUGCCGUCGACUGGUGGCACGCCCAGAUGGACACUGUCCUCGACAUGGGCGUUGAUGGCUGGAAGUGCGACGGGACCGAUCCGUACGUCAUCGAGUUUGGCAUCAUCCGCGGCAAGGGCGGCGUGAUCAACGAGCGCGAGUACGCCGACAUGUACUACGGAGACUUUUUCAACUACACCCGCAAGGUCCGAGGCUUUGAGGGCCUCAUCAUGUCGCGUCCCGUCGACGACCUCUGGUCGUUCUCUCCACGCUACGUCGUCUUCUCCGGAUGGGUCGGCGACCAGGAUCCGACCUUCAAGGGUCUCAAGGACGCCCUCAUGGACAUGUUCCACUCGGCUUGGCGUGGCUACGUCGGCUUUGGCUCGGACAUCGGCGGCUACCGGUGCUGCGGCUCGUCGGACAAGGUCAACGGCCGCACCACCGCCCUCUUCACCCGCUGGUUCCAGAUGGGCGCCUUUUGCUCGCUGAUGGAGAACGGUGGCGACAACCAGCACCGGCCGUGGAUGUUUGGCUCAGGCAACGCCACCCUCGACACAUACCGCGUGUUUGUUCACAUUCACUACGAGCUGGUCCCCUACCUCCUCUCCGCAGGCACACAGGCCUGGAUCGACGGCUCGUCGAUCAUGCGACCGCUCGGCCUCGACCUCGGCCCGCUCCCACCCUCGUCGUGGAACUAUCUCCUCGGCCCAGACAUCUUCGUCGCGCCUAUGACCGACAACUCGACCACCCGCGAGAUCCACUUUCCGGACAAGGGCUCGUGGAUCGACUGGUGGUCUGGCGCGCGCCACGCCGGCGGCUCGCACCUCGCCGCCUACCCCGUUCCCUUUGACAUCUUUCCAGUCUUUCACCGCGCCGGCGCAAUCCUUCCACUGAGAGUCACCUCGUCGCUCGGCGGCCACGGCACCGCCGUCGCCGUCGACGGCCUCACCGCUUUCAUCCCCGAACCAACGCCCGGUGCCAUCCUCGAGGCCACACGCAAGACCGUGCACUACGGCGAGGAUCGGGCUUCCGGCCUCGGACGGACCAUCAGCUACACACUCGACGCCGCUCGCACCGCCAUGCGCGUUGUCGCCUCGGCCCACCCUGAGCGCCUCACUCUCCGGGUGCGGAGUGCCGGUCUCGCCUGCCCAGCCCGCAUCGUCGUCCGCAGCCCGCAUGCCUCCACAUUUGUCAUCACCCGCGACGACGCCCUCCCGGCUCGGGCCUUUGUCUGCGAGCCGUUUGUGCCGCUCUACGGGCCUGCGCGCGGCAAGCCGACGGAUGCAAUCGACAUCACUGUCUUCUUUUCGGCCGCCGAUGCCCAGCGCGGCAUCGACGCCACGCUUGUCUUUGUGUAG